CACUCACUGCCAGUCCAUUUGCCAGCCAGUUUAGAUAUAAAUAAUUUUCUAUUCCAAACCCCAUUAAGCACUCCUGGCACCACCUUGCUUUCACACAGAUCUCCCUCACACUCAUUCAUUCAUUCAUCUCCCACUCCAUUCUCACCACUCUCACCAUAAUCAACCCACUCAUCACUCCUCAUAUUGUGUACUAAAGUUCAUCACACAUCACCAACAUUUGUCAUCGUUUCGAACAUAAUUGUCUAUGCCAGAGUUCAUCAUCAACAACAUUUGUCAUUGAUUGUGAACAUUGACUCGAACAGACUUGUGAGUACAAGAGUUGAUCAUCAACAACACAUUUAUUAUUGACUCGAACAGAAUUGUCUGAAAAAAGAGUUCAUCAUCGACAAUAUUUGUCGAUUGUCCCUGUCUUGUCUACAACAAAUUUUGAUCAUCAAGAACAAUGCAAGACUCAAUUGGGAUUCCAGCUUGCUUCUCUUCUGCAUUGAAAUCAAGUGAUGAUCACACAACGGUGACCCGCUCAGGCCAGAGCCUUCACAUGUCAGUGUACAGAACCAAGAUUGCUGAUCAGUGCCGCUUGAUCACCAUCACAUGGUGCAAAAACUUGAUGCUCCAUGGGCUAUCAGUGUCAGUGGAAGGCCCAGAAGGAGAGGCCCAAUACAGCUGCAAGGUGGAGCUGAAGCCCUGGUACUUUUGGAGAAAACAAGGUUCCAAGCGCUUGACACUGCAUGGUAACAACAAAGCCGUUGACAUUUUCUGGGACCUUAAGGCUGCGAAAUUCAAAGGCGAGACAGAACCAACCUCGGAGUACUAUGUAGCAGUGGUGUGCGACCAAGAGGUUGUGUUGCUGAUCGGUGAUUUGAAGAAAGAAGCGUACAGAAGAACCGGGUGCAGACCAGCGCUUAUCGACCCAAUAUUGGUUUGGAAAAAAGAACACAUGUUUGGGAAGAGAAAGUUCUCCACUAGGGCCAAGUUCCACGAGAAGGGUAGGUGCCACGAGAUCUCGAUCGAGUGCAAGAACAAGAGCAACAUCGGAGGAGAUUCCGCAAGUGGGGUUCAUGUUGAGGUUCAGCCAGAGAUGGAGAUAAGAUUUGACGGGCACGUGGUGAUCCACGUGAAGCACUUGCAGUGGAAGUUUAGAGGGAACGAGUCGAUUCAUCUCAACAAAAUGAGAGUGGAGGUGUAUUGGGACGUUCACGAUUGGCUCUUUAGUCCUGGUUUGAAACAUGCUUUGUUCAUCUUUAAGCCUGUUUUAUCAUCUCUCUCUAUGUCAUCAUCACACUCACUUUCAUCGUCUUCACCACCCUUAUCAUCGUCGUCCACACCCUUGUCAACUCAAACCGGCAGUUCUGGCUCACUGGAGGGCUUUAGUGUCACCGAGUCAUCCGAGUUUUGUUUGUUUCUAUAUGCUUGGAAGAUUGAUUGAUAAAAAAAAAAUGUAUAUAAUGAUAAAUUAUCACAUGGUUUCAAUUAUGGUCCUCACGUAAAAAUUGAUUGCUAAUAAUUUGUGCAGGUAUCCAAUUAAAUAAGAAUAUAUGAUAAAGCUAGCUUUCUUCUAAAUAUUAUUUGAUACAGUUAUAUAUAAUAGAUUAAAUUGGACUAAUUUCUCACUAGCUUGAUGAUGGUACUUGUGAAUAGAAAGAAUUGAGGGUCCAAGUUAUGAAAUAGAAUGGCAUGGUGAUGUUUGAAAGAGAAGGGUGAGGGGUUACAGCUGGGGAUGAACAAUGGCGCAUAAUGGACAAAACGGAUUGAAUUGCAUACACAUGCCCAAUAAUUCUCCAUGCGUCUACAUCGAUCUAUCUACACCUGUCGUAUACUGCUUUGGAGAUUCUCUCUUUCCUCUCUCUCGAUCUGAUCUUGAGAAGCGAGCUAUAUGCAUAUGUAUAUAUAUAUUUUUUAAAUUUUUAUAUCAACCAGAGGUGUAUGUUAUGCAAAGCUUAUAUAUAGCAUAAAUAUGGACAAUAGAUUAUUGU